CGAGCACUCGCGGGGGUUGUACGCUUUUUGUAUUUGCUGACCGCGUUCUAUCAACCACCUGUUCGAAUAUAAAAAUACGACUUAAAACAUUCUUAUUUUUGUGACAGGUGCCUGGAGGGCUCCUUUGGAAAUACAUGGCGGAGGAGGAGUACCCGGAGGCCGCGCUGCCGACCCGCCACCGGCCGGAGGCUCUCAGCGCCCUCGCGCGGUCCAGCCGCUUCACCACGCACGAGAUCAAGCUCAUGUACCGCGGGUUCAAACAGGAGUGUCCGUCGGGGGCAGUGGACGAGGAAGCCUUCAAGAACAUAUUCUGUCAGUUCUUCCCGCUCGGCGACGCCACGCAGUACGCGCACUACGUCUUCAACACGAUCAAGCACAAGCAGAGCGGGAGGGUCAACUUCGAGGAGUUCCUGGGCAUCCUGUCCCGAGUGGCACGCGGCUCCGUGCAAGAGAAGCUGUCCUGGGUGUUCGCGCUCUACGACGUCGACGGGGACGGCCGCAUCUCCCGCGCCGAGAUGCUGUCCGUGGUGCAAGCUAUAUACGAGCUGCUGGGACGAGCCGUGGCCCCCCCGGCGCACCCCACUGCCGCCAAGGACCACGUCGACAGAAUCUUCCAUUUGAUCGACACGAACGCAGACGGCGUAGUGACUCCGGACGAGCUGGCGCGCUGGUGCAGCCGGGACCCCGCGCUGCUGCGGUCCCUGGAUACCCUGGACACCGUGUUGUGAUCCGCGCCCGCACCUCACAGUUGUUGUGAAGGUGAAGCGAUACCUUCCAGUUCAAAGGAAGCCGACGUGCCCGGCGCGACGCCCGCCAGAGUCACCGCCGUCAUAACAGAAGAAGCAUCUCUGAAGAAAGUAAAACGUCGGAACCGACGCUCUAGCACGCGCCGGUGAACAAUUACUUUCAUUAAAAAUUCUUAACAAAAUGAAUGUGAUCUCACAAUAACGUAUAUAAUAAAUCUUUGAAAUUAUGACCAUGUGUCGUCUAAAGUACUUAAUGAUAUUAUAUUUAUUAAACACGAGCCUAGUUCGUUGCUCAGUAUUUAAUUGCUUCCAACGAGCUGAGUUGGGAACUCCCACAUGUAAGGCAGACCAAUUUUUCGAAUAGAUUUAAAAUUGGCACGUGAUGAUGUCUUCGUCAAUAGCUGUUCAAGCUGUUGAAGCAAACAUUUAUUACUAAUUUCUACACGAAACCUUUGAGCGCGUAAACCAUGUGUCAUCUAGAUAAAUUGACAAAGAAACUUUAACAUGGAGCAUUAAUUGUUCUAUGCUUUAUAAUAAAGUGACAAAUAGUAUUGAAAUAAAUUUGAUCUUCCAUUAUUUAUUAUAAUUCUACAAGCACUGACUAUACAUUAACGUACAAUUUUCGUUGUUUGACUCACGUUUCCUAUUUGCACUUGAUGGAAGCCUUCAAUAAAGUCUAACUUUAAAAAUUUAUAUUUAUUAGUCUAUAAAAUAGAUUUAAGGAUUCUAUUUUUCGAUUAGCUAUAACUUAGUGAUUCUAUUAAACGAUUUUAAUAAUUUAAGGAACAACAUUACUGCUAAUUAACAUCCACAAAAAUAUCGAAGUGAUGACGCCACAAAAAAAUGUAAUAAGUUGUAUAAUUGUUGAAGCAUUUAUGAUCAAAGAUUGGCCGGAGUUGCGGCUCUCACUGAAUCGCUUUGAAGCACAAAAUAUUAAAAAAAAAACGUGUGGCACUCGGGGACUGCCGCGGUAAAGCUAUUGCAUAGCGUUUUUUAUCAACUUUUUCAAUUAUAAUUAGACAAUAGUAAUUUAAUAUUAAAACAAUAAUAAAAUAAGACCACGCUAUACUUAUAUUUAUAAACAUUAACAUAAGCAAAACAUUAACUGUCCCCUUCACACUCAUAAGCUAGACCGCGCGAGAGAGAGAUGGGCAGACUUUUCAUGAUGCGCAUACAGUGCGACGUCACGCCGCGUGCUUAUUCAUAAACACUACGCAAGCGCAAUGUGUGAAUGUUUUGAACACGAGCUACAUGGUAGGCGGAGUGGGGUGUUAGGUUUUAUUUUCGUUUCGGAAUUUCUUGAUUCGGUCGCUGCGCUCAAAGCCCGCGAUAAAAGUUAUGCAAUAGCUAAAUUACUGAAGUAAUUCAUAAUUAUAAGUGAAAACGAACAAUAAUAAUCUUAGGAUACACGCGAGGCUCAUGGACAGAGAGUAACAAGUCACUACCGCGAGACGUACACAGUCCUGUUCGACGACUGUUCAGUUACAUGUGUGUGCUUUCUCAUACUUAGCUAAUCAUAGCUCUUUAUAAAUUUAACAUUCAUUACAUAUUUAUCUCUUCUAUACUACUAGUGUCAAAUUAGCACAAGUUGGAAAUGCUAAAAUGGAAAAAUCUACCAGAUUAGGUUGGAAGUGCAGAGUAAUCAUUGGACUAUAGUAAUACCCAGUUACAGAUUACGAGCACUACACACAGCUCACUAAUGUGCGUAGCACUGAACACUACACAGCUAAGAAAAUAGGAAAGAAAAUUAUAAAGCGAAACAUAACAGCCCAAAGAUACAGUCAAUGUAGUAUUUGAAAAGAAUUUUUUACUGUUGCGCAAUUAGUAAUAUUGUAUUCCGACAUGCCGCGUAAUGCUAUGAAUGAAGCUCAGAUACUUCGCUCAUUAAAUAUAAAUAUUUAAUUAAUAUAACUAAUAUAAAAUAAUAAGAAUUUAAAAACUAUUCUUGCCUUAAACUUAAAAUGUAGUUUUUAUUCCAGAAUGGAAUGUUUUACAAUUUGUCUGUUUGUCUGCACAUUCUUUGUUAAUACAAUUCAUUAAAUAAAUUAAGUUUCUAUAUACGUCUUAAUGUAAAUUUUCCUAAGCAAUACUUAUCGACCUUAAACUAAUUAUUAAUACCUUUAUAUAUUUAAUAUAUUUAAUGCAAUAAUUUUAAUUAGAUUGAAUUAAAGUCUCCGAAUUCCUGAAA